CGCAUGCGCACUCGAGCAGCGAGCCUCAUCGGGAAUCGUUCUAGCUACUAUAGCUUGUGGCUCCCCAUUUGUGUCGGUCCAAACCCAUUUCGUGACACUUUUCAACAAGUCAAGCGUUCGUUUCCAUCCACUGGGAUUAUCGUGAAAAAGGCGUGAAGGAAUAUGCCCAAAAAUAAAGGUAAGGGAGGAAAGAAUCGGCGGCGUGGAAAGAAUGAAAACGAGUCAGAGAAGAGGGAGUUGGUGUUCAAAGAGGACGGACAGGAAUACGCUCAGGUGAUAAAAAUGUUGGGUAACGGACGUCUGGAGGCCAUGUGCUUCGAUGGCACCAAGCGACUCUGCCACAUCAGAGGAAAGCUCCGGAAAAAGGUGUGGAUCAACACGUCGGACAUCAUCCUGGUCGGAUUGAGAGAUUACCAGGAUAACAAAGCCGACGUCAUCCUCAAGUACAACGCAGACGAGGCUCGCAGUCUGAAAGCGUACGGCGAGCUGCCAGAGCAUGCCAAAAUCAACGAGACAGACACUUUCGGUCCCGGAGACGACGACGAGAUCCAGUUUGACGACAUUGGCGAUGAUGAUGAAGACAUUGAUGAUAUCUAAAGACUUGCCACAUGUACGCGCGCGCACACACACACAGUUUAUCCAGUGGGGAUAUUUUGAGCUGACAAGGCACCGAUAUUAUUUCGUUUUACAGAAUCCCAUAUAUACAUUUUCAGUCUGUGUUUGAUGAAUGUGAACAUGAGUCCACAUCAUGAUGAGGAUGGGGGGGGAAAACAGCCUUUUUGCUCCAACUGAAAACCAGUUCACCAAUUUUCUUAGUUUCCUCCUGCGUUUCUUUGGAGGCGCGCGUGACUGCGAAAACUUUAAGUCCUUUUAAAAAGUGUAUUUAUAUUGAGUUCACGUCAGGUGGAAUUUAAGAAGUUCAGAAUCUUUGGAUUCACCAAUAAACACGUAAACCAUUCCCCCCCCCCAUUUUUCCUUUGUCUUCACUCACUUUGUGUUUGUUGUGACUUGGUGACGCUCAGCCUGCUCCACUGGCAUCCCCAAAAACAUCAAAAUAUAAUUUUACUCAUUAGGUUUUUUUUGUUAGUGUAGGAAGGUUUUAAUUUACCUCAAGUCCCACCUCAAAAAAAUACUUUCUCGAUGUAAAAUGUCUACACACCCCUGUUCAAAUGCCAAAUCAUCAAUAUGUGACCACGCUCAAGUCUACUAGAACAGCUGAACUUUAUUUGGGAAUAAUCAUAGUCUCUUUAAAUGGUGACAGGUGUGUGCUGACUUCCAUUUAACACGAGUUUAAAUGUGAUUGAUUAAUUCUGACCACAGCCACAUCCCCAGUUGUACGGGGGUGCGCACACUUGUGCAACUACUUUUUUUUUGGGACUUCCCCUCGUAGAGAUUUCAGAUUUUUACUUUUCAAGUAAGUUGUACAGCUUAGAGUUCACAAUUGUAGGACAUUUUUAAAAAUGAUUUAUCAUAGUGUAAUUUUAUAUAUCAUAAAAACCUGGCAUUUGAACAAGGGUGUGUAAACUUUAUAGCCACUAUAGCGCUCAAAGUACCACCAUUAUGACCAACAUUGAAAUGCAGUCGCCAUAGUAGGGCUAAAUAUUUUUUUAUUCCUAAAAAUUAGAUUAUUGAAUGCUGCAUGCACAGUUUGAGGAAAAUAAAGAAACUAAAUGAUUUAAUAAUAAUUAAUUGAAUACAGAAACGGCACUGAAAUGUUUGAGAACAAACCACUCUUAAAGAUUAAAUUAUACUGAAGUCACAACAGAACUACUUUGAGACUGAAUCAUUACAAUAAAUAAAACCUUCCUCCGCUGUUGUAUACAAAGAAAACCUAAACAGAACAGUUCAUUCUGUCUUUACAAAAAAAUGACAAACAUUAUUUUUUUUUUGUAAAGUGUUCCAUUUGUUUUGUGUUGCUGCUGUUGGCUCUGCUCGGUUCUCACACCUCGCCACACGUGCCAGGAUGACCUCACUCAAUCUCACUUUAUUCUGUAAAAAAAAAAUUAAAUAGAAUAAAAAGGGGACACUUUUAUUUUUUUUUCGUUUUUUUGUUUGUUCUGCUUGGCAAGUGGGACGGCACCCCUUCAGGAGGGUUCUGCACCUCAGUUUUGGAGGCAGGGGACUUCUGUUGUAACUGAUGCUUAAAAUGUACGAUGUGUGACGGCCAGGUGUCGAAUAAUAAAGAUCUUUACUCUGA